CACUUUUUCAUCCAUUCGCUUGAACCACUGAAUGAGUGCAAACAGUCACCAGGGGGAGAGCCAGAAACGAGAGGAGACACGUGCGAGCAGAGAGCAGGGACUGGAUUUAUCCAAGACAGACUCUGCAUCUACAGUGGAAGCUGUGACCAUAAACCAAACCGAGAGGAGAGCAACAAACUGACCUGAGUGCAGCCGGACAGGUUGAGGUGGAAGAGAUUGUGGCAGCCCUUCCCUGUGGUCAGCUCUUCUAAGUGAAAAGACAAACCCUGCAGAGCUGAGGAUGCAUAUGACCUCUAGUCUCCUCUUCGCCUCCCUGCUCCUCCUCCUGCUCCCGAGCAUCGACAUGAAAAAGUCGGGAAAGGGAAGAGGCCUCAAAGGAGCACGACACAAACUCACAGGCGGCCGGUAUGGAUUUAGACUUCAGUCUGAUGUGUUCAGUCCAUUUUUCACAGACUCUAAUUAUCAUUGUUUGUGUUUGAACACUGUCAGGGUCAGAAGCGCUGGGCGUCACAGCAGAUCAGGCGCCUUCAGGCUUGUGUCACGCAACUGCUCGGAGUCGGCAGAAUCCGGAGACGUCUUCGUGGACUGUCAGGACCGAGGUCUGACCUCCGUUCCCAACGCCCAAACCUGGUCCAAAGCACCCAAGCACCUCCUUCUAGCAAGCAACCGUAUCAAAGUCCUACGUGAGGGGACCUUCUUUGGAUAUGAGAGUUUAGCUACUCUGGACCUGCAGCAGAACCACAUCUCUUCAAUUGAGGAGGGGGCCUUCCAGGGCCUGGCAAAACUUAAAACCCUGCUGCUGCAGCACAAUCGUCUGGAAACGCUUAACGAGGAGGCCCUCAUCCCCAUGCCAAACAUCCGCUACCUGCGUUUACACCAUAAUCCCUGGAAUUGUCUGUGCUCGAUGGACGGUCUUAUAAUCACUCUUCAGGUCCCAAGCAACCGUAAUUUAGGAAAACAUGCAAGGUGUGCAGCGCCCAUCAGGCUAAAAGACAGGAAGCUGAAGCAGAUUGAUCCUGAGUUACUCUGCAAGGCGUCAGACCCGACCGGUUUCCCACAGGGCGACCAAACGGACACCCCAGGCCCUUUGGUGCCGGUUCCAUUUCGCAGCAAACCAGACAUCACCACAUCUUGCCACACCUACCACUUCCCCCAAAUACGAAUUGACUGCAAAAAGCGAGGUCUAACUGAGGUGCCGGCAGGUGUCCCAGAGGACGUUGUUCGUGUUGAUCUGUCAAACAAUUUAAUCCGUCAUCUCAGAGCCAAAGAUUUCCAAACAGCGAGGAACCUCAGAUUCCUAAACCUCAGUAAUAACAACAUAGAGCACAUCGACACAGCGUCCCUGUCCGGGCUGCUGCACCUCCAUGAGCUGGACUUGUCACACAACAGCCUCCAUUUUAUCAAGUACGGGGUUCUCGAAGACCUUUACUUCCUGUCACAGCUAAAACUGGGAGGGAACCCUUGGGUGUGUGACUACAGCAUCCACUACAUGGUGUACUGGCUGCGUCUGCACCCAGGAGUGAGGCACUCUGGCCUCAUCUGUCGCUCCCCUCCUGAACAUACGGGGGAACAGGUGGAGGCCUAUGUGAAAUCCUACUUCAGAGUGUGUCCAAGGGACAAACAGAGCAGCAGAACAGACCAAGAACAAACAGACCCGAGGCUGUGGAACACGCCGAUGGAGGCGCAAGGAGAGCUGGAGGAGGAGGAGCUGGAGCCCAGCCACUUGAGGGUUCCGCAGAAAUACACAAUCUUCAGACUGUCCUGAAAAUAAAACCGGGACCCUAAUUUUUUUUUUGUGUUUCCCUUCCUAUCAUUUCCUUUCAAUAUUAUAAAACAGUCUGUAUCAGAUGGAGAAACUAUAUUUUUCAGUGCUGCUUUUAUGUGUCGUCAGUGUUGUGUAAUCCAAAUAUAAGACUUGUCAACUUAUUCACUGUCUUGUAAUUAUUACUUUUAAAUCAUGACCUGCAAUGCACACAUAAGUGAAACCUGGGUAUAAACCACAACAACAAAAAAAGGUAUGUUAAGAAGUAGAAAACUCACUGAUACAUCUGAAGCUGGUCCAUGUCAGUGACGUGCAGCCUCGCAGGUUCAGAUAGAUCACAAAUGGUCGGUAGUUCUGCAGAACCUGUUUCAUUGUGCUGUCGGUUAUCCAGUGUUUCUCUACAGAGACGUUGAUCUAACAGGGAUGAAAAUGAAGAAGCAUUUGAACUCCUGUUAUAAUUAUGAUUUAAAACAUUUCCCUUAAUCAAAUACAAGAAUAAAUCUCUGUACAGACCUGACUCCACAGUGUGCUGGAUUGGAGUAAAGUUUUCCAUGCACAACAAACCUCAGCACAAUGCAACCUGUCUCCCAAUUCCAGAUACUGAAAGAUCUGAAAAAAACAGAAACAUGAUAAUGCUGAAAAGUGUCAGAUGAAAGAGGAGAGACAUCAUUUCCUAUUGGACUAAAAAUUGUGUUCAAGCUUUGUGUAAAUAACAGAUGUUUUAAAUGUUAAAAAUAAAAAAGCUAACACUUCCUCUGUGUCAGAUAUUAUGAGAAAUAUCCACAAAUCAGUGCAAUUAAACAACUUCCACACUCUGACUGA